AUGCCUAUCAAUAUCGUCGCAGUGACCAAUUACUUCAUUGCUGUUUCUAGAAAAGAUGGAUUGUUAAACCUUUUAGUGGAUUUAUUGUGUGGUGUCCAGAGUGAGAUAACGAUGAUAAGAGACUUUGACAAGGGAAGAGCUUUAGAACGCUGUCGAGUAAGCGAGCUGACUGGGUACGCGUUCCUUGGGGUCAUGCCGUGGGGUGUGGAUAGAAAUCAAAGAUGCUGUAUCGGCAUGGGAAGCUUAGGCUGA